AUGGGACUACUCCUUUUGGCCUACCUUCUUGCGUCCUUCACAAAAGGUAGAAAAAAUGAUAUCAUAUAUGGUGAUUUCAUUUUAUUUAACAAUUUAAACGACGAGAAGAAUUUGCGUUAUUAUGGGUCUGAGUCCCUGGACAAGUGCUACUGGUGGUACUUCCUGAGCGAAGACUUCUUCGAGAUCGUCUAUUUGGAGAAGGAUGGUCCUACCAAAAGGAGGAAAGGGGGGAAGGCGGAAAAGCUGAUGGGGGUGCAAGGAAGUAAGGAAGCGACGGGAAAAAGUGGUAAAGACGCAGAAAAGGAGCGCCCCCUCCCUUGGGGAGACAAAGGCCCCCCUGGAAGGAGCAUCACCAUCACGAGCGACGGUAUAUGCGCAAGCGAAAUUCUUAUUCUGUUGAAUAAAAAAAAGGCAACGUGCAAAUCUAUAUCAUCUUUCUUCGUGCGAGUGAAUAGCCAAGGGGAGGAGAAGAAGUACAUCGCCGUGGAGUACCUUGUCAGUAGUCAACUCUACAUGGUAAGCAGCGACAUCGUUACGUAUAAAAACCAAAAUGAAAGCAGAAAUGUCUAUGUCAUUUCGGACAAUGGGAAGAAGAUAAGCAUAUCAGAGAGCAGCCAUUUUAAUGUAUUCUUCGAUGAGAUGUACGUGGAAUAUGCAUAUGUUAAGUAUGGAAAAGGAGGAGAGCUGGAACUGCAGUUAAAGGCAAAAGGAAAGGUAGGCAUGACAAAAGUUAUUAUAGUGCUUUUGAACAAAUGUAAGUCCCUCUUUUUCGUGGCGAAUGUAUUUGUGUAUGAGUGGCUAUCCCUGUUACCGAACGGGGUGGACUUUCCGGAGGGGGCCCACGUUCGGCUCGUCCUCAGAAGGGACCAUCCCCCAAAAGGCAAAAACAACCAUCCUGAUUACGAAAGUGGUAAUAUGAAUUAUGAUAGUAAUUCUAGCGAUGGUGGUCAUUUCUCCUGCACAACUCUCAUAAAGAGACACAUCCUGCGCAUGUCUUCUCUCCGUAGAAAGGCAACAAUAGCCGCGCUGUUAAAUACCCACGUGGAGGGGAGACAACCCAUAAAGCGCAAUGUGAGAAACUUAUUGUUAAUUAACUGCAUAAAUAAUAAUUACGUGAGAGAAUUCCGAAAUGAAUACCAAAUUCAGCAGAGCUCAAGUUACGAUAUCGUGUCGGACGAAGUGGUAAAGAUUAAGGAAGGCACAAGUGGGAAGAGCCUAGAGAUAGUUAUAAAAAGUAUGCACAGCGGGCAACUUUUCUCAUCGCGUGUGAAUAUCCACAGGGUGGCGAAGAGCGAGCUCGCCUGUUUUGCCUACAUCGGGAGGGAAACUCGGGGGAGUGGUACCCCUAAUAGAGAUACACCCAAAAAGCGUAAACGGAACAACGCUUUUGAGGGAGAAAUUGAGCUGAUAAAAACGCACUUCUUCUACAAAGAACACUACUACUUGGAUGACCUGUACAUUGAAUCCUUUUUCCAAUCGAAUGUACAAGGGGGCGAAGGAGAAAAAUUUAUCUUCCACAGAAAGUACCUCUGCCUUAUGCACCUGUAUGGAGAGGGAGACGCGAAGCUGCACGGUGUGUACAGAAGAGAGGAUGUCAAAUUGGUAGUCUCUUCCAGAAGUCAAAAGUUAAGUAUCCUCCCUUUGCACCUUUUUCCUGAAUAUGGGGCUUACUAUUUUAUGCCAAUACGCAAAGGAGGAGAAAUCUCUCUCGAGAUGACCUACAUGGGAAAUUAUGCGUCCAGAAAAGAUGUGUUCAUAUCAUCACCCGUAAAGUGCUACAUGAAGGGGAGUGGUCUGUCUAUGUCCUCUUUGUUUGUACUCCUCGACGAGACGAUUUUUUAUCAGUGCUCUGGGGGGAGGAGCGCCUCCACGGCGGGGAAAGGGCAUCCCCAAAGUAAGCACCACGGCGGCAAGCAUGCUGCAAAUGGGUACACAGUAAAGGUGUAUAACCGGGAUUCCAACUUUGAUGUCAGCGUACACAAAGCGAAGCUGCGCAUAUCAAAAAGGAAGCCUCUAGCCGUGCGGACUGGUACACCUGAAGGGAAUAGCCACAAAAGGAGGCACAACAAAGGCAUCCAACCCAGUGGUAAAAACAGAUUCGAUAUAAUAUGUCUACUAAUCUGUGAUGACACUGAUUUAAAUAACUGUUUCCUUAGCACUGUAUAUGUGGGAGAGAGGGUGGUCCAUCUCUCAGCUGUAGCCCAGAAGAGUAUCAUCGAAGAGAACGAAGUUACGAAUGUAUACAUAUUUAUGCGACUGGGUUGGAUAACUAAUAAGGUGGAGCGUCCAGGUAGAAUGACCUUACUGGAAAGGAGAAAAAAUGGGCACUUGAAACGGAUGGAAGCUUUACAGGGGGGGACUUCCAUCAGCAGCUGUUUUGACGUAGUACACCACCACAUGAGGAUAAAAUAUGACAAGAACUACCUCGAAGUGGUCAAGAAACAGUCAAGCUUUCUCAAACUGGAAGAUACUUACCAAAAGGCAUGCGCAUUUUAUCAAGUAAGAGGAAAAAAGGAGAAAAGGAGAAUUCCACUGUACAUGGAAUAUACAAAAGAGAGGAAAGUACACACCCAAAUAAGUAUCCAAAUAUUUAAAAAAGUUAAAGCCAUUUUCUGCCAUGAUUUUGUGUGUAGCAAAUUCAUAAAAUUUGGCCAAAUGAUUAAUCUGAUUGUGUAUGACGGGUUUGCAGUCAGUCCAUACAGGAUAACUGUCUCCUCCGAAUCUAGUAUCCCCGAAUUGGAUCUUCAUUCAAAUAGAUUCCUCAACGAGAGAAGGGAUCUUCCUACUUCUGUUUCCUUCUUCAACAGUUUGUUCAUUGCGGAGAAGUUUCAGAAUGAAUUGUAUCUAAGCGAGCAGCGCAAGGAGAAUACCCCCCAACACAGAAAUAUUUUCAGAGGAGAGGUCUUUUACGAAAGUUCGAACAAGCAAUGUUUCCCCUUAUGGAAAUUAUACAAUAGACGUCUGUUUGAAUAUGACUUUAGGCCCAUGUGGGGAAUCUUCGUAGUAGGAGAACGGACAAGAGGAAGUUCCUUCCAAGGAGAGAAAAGAUAUAACUCCGUUAGUUUCCACACCAAGGGGUGUUCUCCAGCAUUUUCAUAUGAACCCUUUUUCUCCAUCAAGGAAUACUACAGUAUACAGUGCCAUAGAGGGAAAAAGGAGCACGUCACAUCAAACAUCCUGGUAAAAAUGAAAACGUGGGAUAUUGAUACCUCGGAAAUAGUGACCGAGAACCAUUUACCCGUUCAUUUCAAGUACCCGUCCUCCAUCCAAGUGGCAGUUUUUAGCAAACAUGUAGAGAGGCUCCAAGUGGUGGAUAGCUCAAACUUAAUUCUUUACAAAAAUAAUGAUUACUAUGUGAAGGCCUUCCUGGUGGAUGAACAUGAAAAUGUAAUUCUUACCAAUGAGUCGUUCCGCUACACUUUGGAGGAAGACCCUUCUUCAGGAGACCUUUUCAAAAUUUGCUUAAAAGACAAGUCCCGCUACAUGGAAGGAACGAAUGAGAAAAGGAAAAAUGUCAUUAGGACGAACAGUAGAAUUUUGAUCAAUUGCAAUGACCACGGGGGUAAAAAGGAGGAACGUCUGGGUCUACCCCCAAAUGGAAUGAACCAAUUUAUACCCUGUUCAAAUGGGGCAUUUUUACUUACAGUGGAAUAUACCUCGCAUGAUGGUGAAGGAGGAAACGUUUCGCAUUAUUUUGAAAAAUUUGUAUCUCUUCACUUUUGCAGCAGAAUGAGCAUCUGGUAUGAAAAUCAUUUGGUUCUCUUCUUCUCUCCAGAUGUUUAUUACUCACUACCCAUCUGCACUACGGUGGACAGGGAUGUAUGUCCCAUGCACGCACUGAGAUACUCCGUCAAGGGGACCAAUAGGAUCAAGGUUCUGGGUCCAUCGGAAGGAGAAAAGCUGAGCAAGGUGAGCGGCCAUGGCGACAUGACCUCUCUACGCGGGGAAAAAACAGAACGAAGUUUAAUCAUGGUAAAUAUGGACAACCCAAAGGACCCACCUAAAAAAUGCACGCGUGUAUACCUGAACUCUGCCUUUGAAGCGAAAGGAGUUCUGACGAUACAAAACCAAUUAGUCUACGAAACCGACCACUUAGAGAUCCAUUUCGCGUUUGCAAAAUUGACCAAGGUAAAAGUAUCCCUGCUCGUUCGAAAUGUAGAAAGAGGGGGCAAAAUGGGAGUACCCAUGAAAGUCGAAUUUUUUGACAAGCAUAACAGAAAGAUCAAUAUGCUCCCAAAGCAAUUACUACAGGUGAAACUUGUUUAUGAUUAUAAUAAGCGGAUCGAGAUGACCCCCCUGAAUUUAUACCCAGAGGAGUGGAAAGAACGGGUGGGCCAGUUCCAGACGCCAGAACAGAGUACAACGGAGGAAAGAAAAGCAGCCGUAAAGACAGACAUGUUUUUCGAGGUGCGUAGUUCACAUGAAGGUAAGUAUUACAUACAAGUGGAAGUAAAGUACAAAUUGGCCAACAAACAUAUUUCUAUUUUGUCAAAUAUGACGCCUUUAAUUGUGUACUCAAGGGGAAUUUCACUUUAUGGAGGAGGAAACUCCAUUUUGCUACAUCAGUAUCAUCAGACCCUUGAGCUCCCCUUCCAAUUAUGUCACCCGCUCAUACAUAAAGUUGUGUGCCUUUCGAAAAAUGAAAAACUAGUGGAAGUGGAAGGAGUUUUCAAGCUGAAUGGUGAGCAGUGCACUUAUGUUUGCUCCAUCAAGUCGGGUAACUCUGUAGGAAAUUCAGAAAUUCAUGUUUUCCCUAUACUUGAAAGUUACUACCAAAUUUUUAGCCAAGAAAAAGGAAGGACAAAUUUUGAAAGCUUCGAAAAAUUCGAAGAAGACUUUAACGACUUGGAAAGCUAUUAUGAUAAUUAUUUGGAGCAUCACAGGAAACGAAAAAAAUGUCACAACACAGAUGCACAUGCACACACUUGCAAAGAAAUCGAAGACGAGAAAAAAUUGAGAAAUUUACUUUUUCUAAAAUUUGAUGUGACUGUUGAUUAUGUACGAUCCAUGAAGCUUUUUAGUGAGGACACAAUUUGGUUGACCGCGAAUGAAGAGGUAGAUACCUUUGCCAGUUUUUACAGCGGAGGGGGGGACACGAGCCCGUUCCUCUCGCUGGACUUUCGUCUUGUUUACGAGCGCACAGGGGAGUUGUUCCAGAUGGAGUAUUUUGUCAACGAUGGGAGUGUCUUGCUGAGUGAUGGAAGGAACGAUCACGAACAACACCGCCAACGAAAUGGAUUCAUCCCCGCCAGACGCACAGUCGUAACCGAUUUGAGAGUAUCCUCCGAUGCAUUCCUAUCCAUUCAAGCUCGCAAAGAAGGCCGCUUCCUUCUCUACGCGAAUUUUACCAAAUAUAGUCGCGGAUCUCACCAGGCUGAGGUCGUCUACUCCCAGGUGUACAACUUGAUUGUCCAGCGAAAUGGGACCAAGGAGAGUGCUCUCCCAGUCAUCCACCUCAUGAAGAGCGGAGUGUAUAAAUUCGAUCGAAGCCUUCACUGCUUGACAAUUUUGGCAAACUGGACUUAUGAGCAACGCUUCCCCUUAUCAGCAAAAAAAAAAAUAAGCACCGAAAGGAAGGCCAUAUUGCAUAAUGCGCAUUACUUGAACAAGGAGAAAAAUAUUUACAAAAAAUUUCUCAUCAACGUAUCGGACAUUUCCAGUAUGAAGCUGUACAACUAUUUCGGCAAAUUCAUCCCCUUGAAUGUUGUACAGUACCUAUCCAUCCAUCUGUAUAAUACAAGCAUGGCAAGAGUUGUGCCCCCCCUGAAUGGCAAGCUGUAUGUACAUGUAUCGCAUCCGACUGUGUUAACAGUGAAGACGGUUGGCCCUAAUCAUAUUUUUAUUGUGCCGCACAAGUUGGGUUGUUCAUUUAUCCACGUCAAUUUUUAUUUACACCAGGAGAAUCAUCCUGAAAAACAUCCACCAGAUAGUGCGCGAUAUAAUCCGAGAGAUUAUUUACCCAUCCAAGGAGGUGACAAAUCCGCCCAAACGUUGAAAAUGCACUUGUGCGUCACAAAACGGGUACCAACAAAAUAUUUUCAGAAAAGGAAAAAUUACUACUACCUCAACAGGGUGUACAAACUGCUCGGUCGUUAUUCGCUUCGAUUUUUCCAACAACCCUACAUGUGUGUAAAUUCUGUCACAAGAAAGGAAGCCAAGUUAGGAAAAAUCAGUGGCGCUGUAUUAAGUAAGUCCAAAUUUUAUCGUGUCUAUAAACAUUAUGACGGAAUUUCCAUGGUAGUAAAAGAAUUCGAAGACCUUUUCCAGUAUCCUACAGGUCAUCUCUCGAUAAUUAAUGACCACUGUUCGAGCCUGAAGCUGUGA